GACUUAUGAUUACCGACUAUCUUAUUAUUUCGGUGAAAUGUCCAGGAAUUUUGUUUAUUUAUUUACAACUUAAAAAUUAAACGAAAGUUUUUCCUUAUAUUAAGUAUAAUUAGUCAUUUUUAUCAUUAUUUUAAUAAGGUCUAUUAGUGAAAGUAAUAUUCUGAUUGGAAGUUUUUAUAGCUUGAUUUUCUACGAGAACUUCCUAUUGUAUAACAAAGCAGCAAAUUUUUACCGUUACAUUAAAAAUCACGUCACAUCUAAAACAGAUUGUAUAAUGCGUCGAUCAAAAGGUUAUCAAGAUCUUGAUGAAAAUGCUAAAGAGCUACGGCAACCCGUGGUUCCUAUGCCACCCCCACAAGAAAUCGAAAUGGCUUCAGUUUCGGUGGUACCAGAUGACACCUUUACAGUUACCCAAGCAGUAAAUGCCCUUGGUUUUGGCUGGUUCCAAGUUAAAUUAUCACUUUUUACUGGUCUUUGUUGGAUGGCUGAUUCGAUGGAAAUGACAAUAUUGAGUAUACUUUCUCCGGCUCUCCACUGUGAAUGGAAUAUUAGCAAGUACCAGCAAGCCUUAACAACAACAGUGGUAUUUAUGGGCAUGAUGUUGAGCUCUACUUUUUGGGGAAACAUAAGUGAUAGAUAUGGAAGAAAAACAGCUCUCAGUAUGUGUGGUGUACUACUUUUCUACUAUGGUCUACUCAGUGCCAUUGCACCAAAUUUUCUGUGGCUACUAUUUUUGAGAGGUCUUGUGGGUUUUGCUAUAGGAUGCGUUCCACAAUCUGUUACAUUGUACGCGGAGUUUUUACCAACUAAACAGCGAGCGAAGUGUGUGGUACUCCUGGACUGUUUUUGGGCUUUAGGCGCGUGUUUGGAAGUAGCCGUGGCUUUAGUGGUUAUGCCUACCCUUGGAGUACAUUGGCUGUUAGCGAUUUCUACAAUUCCACUGCUCAUAUUUGCUAUCAUAUGUCCAUGGCUUCCAGAGUCGGCACGAUUCCAUGUAGCAAGUGGACAGCCUGAUAAAGCAUUGGCAACUCUAGAAAAGAUAGCCCAAGACAAUGGGCGGCCGAUGUUAUUAGGAAGACUGGUCUGUGACGAUUCAGUGGGUAUAGGACAACGUGGAAGACUCAAACAUCUGCUCAUCCCGCACUUACGGAAUACAAGCCUCCUUCUUUGGGUCAUUUGGAUGUCGUGUGCCUUCUGCUAUUACGGCCUAGUGCUGAUGACAACGGAGCUCUUUGAAACCGGUCCCUCUGGCAGCGAAGAAGCGUGUGCUGCGGACUGCCGUCCAUUACAGACUACCGACUAUAUGGACUUAUUGUGGACCACGCUUGCUGAAUUUCCUGGUAUCUUCGCAACGAUAUUCAUAAUCGAAAAGUUUGGACGGAAAAGAACUAUGGCGAUCCAGUUUCUUAUAUUCGCUUUGUGCGUUUGUGUACUUAUUUAUAACACCAACCGUACAUUCCUGACAUGCGUUUUAUUUCUGGCUCGUGGUAUCAUUGCUGGACUCUUCCAAGCAGCCUACGUUUAUACACCAGAGGUAUACCCUACGGCGUUGAGGUCGACAGCGGUAGGCGCUUGUAGCGGUGUUGCCAGAUUAGGGGCAAUGAUCACACCGUAUGUCGCUCAGGUCCUACUUAAAAAUUCGAUAGUAAUUGCAACGGGUGUGUAUUCGUUCGCUGCUAUAUUAGCUGCGCUGGCGUGUCUUGCGCUUCCCAUCGAGACUAAGGGCAGGGAAAUGAGAGACACUAUAACUGCAACCGGUUAGGCCUACAUUCAUAAGUUUAAAAAAUAAAAUAAUAUAUAUAGCAAGGUUAUAGAGGGCGCCUUCAAAUUUGCCGCAACGUGCCGCACUGCUGUCGCUAUGUUUGAGAAUCGUAGUGUAGUACAUAUUUCACUAUUAUGAACUCUAACGAAGAAACACUGUUCUUAGUGUUACUAUUGAAACGAAAAAGGUUUUUUUUUUGUUAGGCCAGAAGGAGAAUUGUCAUGGCAAGUAAAUAUAAAAUAAUCGUGUUAAAAAUGUACUUAUUUUUUUCACUUGCUGUUUUGUUUGUGAAAUACUCAAUAAGUUUAUUGUGUAUUUCUCUUCGCAUACCUUUUUCUUUUCAAUUUUAUUGCUGUACUUGCCGGACAUCGAAUCCCAUAUCGCUGGACGACUCUCAACCUUAUCGAUAAAUUCUUCAACCUGAUUUUCGUUCACAUUCAUGUUGCAAGUCUAUUUUACAAAAAAAUACGUGCGCGCAGCACUAGUCUUUGAACUGAUGCGUGGGCGCAGCGCGGAAGUAGCGCUGCCAAGUUUGAAGGCGCCCAUAAUCUCACAUAAGAAGUACAAGUGCAAAAGUAAAAAGACCUAAGUGCCCUUUUAUGUGUGAAAACACUGAUACAAUUUUGUAAAAAUAACAUCCGAUAAAGUUGAUUUUUCGUUAAAAUUUACAUGAAACUGUAGGCUUAUGACUCUAUGUGUAAUUUAAUUGUCCUACAAUCUCCUAUUAGAACUUAUAAUAAGCUAUAAAACUAGACAUUUGCAUCUAUAAUCAAGAUGAACCUUUAAAUUACAUAAUGAACGAUAAAGUAUUUAUGGUCUGAAAAUGUUUGUCUUCCUUACA